AUGCGGUCUCGGCCGAUCGCCUCCGCCGCGGCGGCGGUCGCCCUGCUGCUCCUGCAGAUCGGCAUCCGAUGCGAAGCUGGAGUUGAAACGCCACUCUCUGCGGCCCUCGCGCGUGGCGCGGGCGGCGGGCUGGAGCUCGCGAGGCGGCUGGAGCGAUCGCUCAUGGAUGGGGGCCAUAGUGCCAGUUCACUGUCAACCACCAGGCUGGCUUCCAGGCUGUCUCGGAAAAUGUUGACCAACGAGACACUGAAUCAGGGACUGCUCACAGCGGCAGAAGAUGGUGACAUCUAUGUGGUGGACACUCUGCUUGGCCAAGGGGCAGAUGUGGAUGCUGUCGACCUCAAUGGGAACACCCCACUAAUUCUUGCUGCAGGCAAUGGACACAUUGAUGUCAUGAGGGUGCUGUUGAAUCAUGGGGCAGACAUUGAUUUUCAGGGUUAUUUUGGGGCCACAGCACUGUGGACUGCUGUGGACCUUGAAGAACUGGAUGCAGCUACAUUCCUUCUGGAGCAAAAUGCCGACAUGGAGAUCACCACAGACGACGGCGCAACGGCUCUGUACCUGGCCGCCUCGAACAGCUACCUCCCGGGCGUCAAGGUCAUGCUGGAGCAUGGCGCCAAGGUCGAGACACGGUACCUCAGGACGGGCCACACGCCCCUGCUCAGGUCCGCAUGGCUGGGAGACGUUGACAUUGUCCGGGCACUGUUGGACUACAAUGCGGAUACUGAAGCCAGAACGACGUUCGGCUUCACUGCGCUGCACAUUGCCUCGUUGGCUGGAAACCUGGAGGUCGUCACGGCCCUUCUGAGCCAUAGUGCGGACAUCCAGGCGGUGUCCUUCGGAAACGGAGAGAACGUGGUGCAUCUGGCGGCCUGGCGUGGCCACCUGCAGGUCCUGCGUGUGCUGCUGGGCAAGGGUGCCAAUGUCACCGCCGUGGACGUCGCCGACCGCAGCGCACUGCACUAUGCUGCGUACUUCCCAGACAAUGUUGCAGUCCUGACCCUUCUUGUCGAUGACGGGCUGGACGUCAACAAGAAGAACGCAUACGGAUCCACCCCCGUCCAUUUGGCUGCCUGGUCUGGCAACGCGGCCAACGUUGCAUUCUUUGUGUCUAAGGGAGCCGACAAAGAUCCCGGCGACAUAAUCGUCUGUGGGUGCCUGAACGUGGAAAUAGACUCGGAUUAUGAAGGCUGUCCUGAGGGUAACUGCGAAAGUGAUGAAGAUAAGCAGGAAAUAAUGCAUCUCCUUGGUGCGGCUUCGACCCCUCAGACCCUGAUCGAGGCGGUGAACGCCAACGACAUGGAAGCUGUCCGCAGGCUGCUCGCCGGGGGCGAGGACGUCAACGCCUCCGACGCCAACGGCGACACCCCGCUCAUCUUCGCCUCCGCCGCCGGCUUCGAACCGAUCGUCGUCGUCCUCCUGGACGCCGGCGCCGACGUCGCCGCGCGCGACUCCCGCGGAUUCAACGCCCUCCACUUCGCGGCCAUGUUCGGCCGCACGGACACGGUGAACAUCUUGAUAGGGCGUGGAGCGGUUGUCGACGACCCAGGCGUGCUGGGCUUCACCGCCCUGCACCUGUCGGCUGAGGAGGGCAAGCUGAGGGCCACCAGGGCGCUGCUGGCGGCCGGGGCCGACCCCAACGCCCGGACGCUGAAGACCGGCAGCACGCCGAUCGCGCUGGCCGUGGUGGGCAACCACAUCGACGUGGUGCGGCAGCUGAUCGGGGCGGGAGGGGACGCGACGAUCGCCAGCGUGGGCGGCGUGACGACGCUGUUCGACGCGAGUGCCACCGUGGGCUCGGAGCUGAUCAUGGACCUGCUGAUCGAGGAGGGAGUCGAGGUGAACGCCAGGUCCGACUCGGGCAGCACGGCCGUGGAGUUUGCGGCCUACUACGGCAACAAGGGCGGCGUGGAGCACCUGCUGUCCAAGGGCGCGGAUCCCGCCCUGGCCGCCGGCGACGGCGUUCUGGACGAGGUCUGCGGGUGCCUGGAGGACGCCGGCGACACCAGCCUGCGGCAGUGCCCCAGGGGCACGUGCCAGACGCAGUCGGACAUCGAUGAGAUCGACCAGCUGAUGAAGGGAGCCGAGCCCGAGGCGUCGCUGUCGGGCUCCGACAGGCCAAGCCCCGCCCAGCGGAGCCCCGAGCCGGGGAUGGGCACGGACGUGGAGGACUGCAGCCAGAUCUCCGACAGGCUGGCGCGACUGGACUGCGUGUCGUGGAGCGCGCCGACGACCUGA